AUGAUUGAGAGGGAUUUUAGGGCUGGUGGGUUUGCUGGGUAUAUGGUGAAAGAUAUGGGAAUGCGUGUGGAUGUUAUGGAGGAAAGUGUGGAUGAGAGGGUGCCUAUCUUGCCUGGUGCUGCUUUAGGUAAGCAGUUGUUCGCUGGGAUGGUGGCAAAUGAAGAUGGACAUCUUGGCACCCAAGCUCUUAUAACUGUCCCAGAGAGGCUUAAUGGCAUGUAA